CUUGCCAUCCCUUGCUUGUCUGGUUUAUAAACACUUGCUCCACUGUGUGAUGUAGUGCAAAAUUUGCCGGGUUUGAAAGGAGCCACCGCGUGGGAUUAUGCGACUUUAAUGGCACGUCGCAAUCUAGAAGGUUGUCGCAGUGAAUGUGCGACUAGUUUAAAAAUGGCCGCGAGCAGCUGGCGCGCCAUGUUUGUGUAUGUUGAAAACCAUCUAAAUUUAUAAAACAAACUGCAUCUAAGAGAUUUCUACUAAAAUUUUAUACAACAAAUUUCAGGGACAAUCUCGGGAGUGUGCUAGAAUAUGCGUCAAAAUUAAGGCCAGUGAUUGAGACACAAUGUUUUGUUUGUCCGUGUAUUCGUCAGUACUCUAGCGAUUCAAGUUCACUGGAUUCAGUAGGCACUAUCGCAUGCAUGGUGACUCGACUGCUGGAACAAAUGCGCGGGUGUUGUGGAUGGCCCGCUCCCGUUUGACUGAUGUAGUACCUUUAUUCUAUGGUAGUACGUGUAGGCAUGUGAAAUUCGGCGAAGUGUUAUGUUCCGGGACGGGACGAAAUGUCUUCAGACAUUCGCGUUGAGCUGUCUAAAGUUCGCGGUCUCCUCGACGACAUCGAAGAGCUCGUUUGUAACGACAGGGCAGAUUGUCCGACGGCCACGGACUCUGAGCUCAAGCUCGUCGCCGAAAUGCUCUCGAAGGUCAGAGAUGAACUGACGAAGAAGAAGAAAUCGGCGCCGCGUCAGUCGUGCGACGGCGUGGAGGACAGUGACGGUUGGGGCAGCGACGGCGACUUCGACACGAGCGUCGUUGCCUUGUGCGACCUAGCCGAAGGCGUUGGCCAGCAAGACCCAGCUGAUCAGGGGGGCUGCGUAGAAAACGAAGGCGCCGAGGAGGAAGAUCAGCCGGACGAUGGAGUACCCGCCGACAACUACGAUAUCGAAACUGACGACGAAUUCGACAGCUUCUGCGAGGGCAACGCAGCGGGACCCUCGUUCGAAAUUACAACGGAAGAGUCCCUCAAAAACGAACCAGCGCCAUCGGAGAAGCACCUUGCGAUACUGAGGACCAAGUUCGGUCACAGUGCUUUCCGGCCGAUGCAGUGGAAGAUAGUGCGCUCCGUUCUUGAGGAGAAAAGGGACAACUGCGUUGUCAUGGCGACCGGCUACGGGAAGAGCCUGUGCUACCAAUACCCGCCCGUUUACACCGGUAAAACGGCGGUCGUCGUGUCCCCCCUGAUCUCCCUGAUGGAAGACCAAGUCCGUGGUUUGGCCGCUGCGAACAUUCCGGCCUGUUUCUUAGGUUCGGCACAGAACAGACAGUGUGAAGUCACCAAUGACCUUUACGCCGGGGAGUACAGGGUCCUCUAUAUCACCCCAGAGUUUGCCGAGAAUAGCCUCGGCCUGCUGAAAACUCUCGACGAACGAGUUGGCAUCACUCUGUUUGCGAUUGACGAAGCCCAUUGCGUGUCCCAAUGGGGUCACGACUUCAGGCAGUCGUACCGGCAACUUGGCAGGUUGAGACAGAAAUUUGCGCACGUUCCAUUCCUGGCCCUGACAGCCACUGCAACCCCUAAUGUUAGAGAUGACAUUGUAAGUGCCCUUGCCCUCAAUGAUGUCGUUCUCACCUGUACGAGCUUUGACAGGCCUAACCUGUACUUAGACGUGAGGAGAAAAGGAAUCAUGGCCAACGACUUAAGAGGCGUCAUUCCGAAUGAUGGCAGCCCUACGAUUGUCUACUGCCCAACAAGAAGCGCCACUGAAGAGGUUAACAAGCUGUUGUGCAACUUGGGCAUUCAGUGUGCUCUGUACCAUGCCGGCCUGACUUUGGAAGAAAGAAAAAAAUCCCACACGAUGUUCCUGGAGGACAGAGUUCAGGUCGUUGUGGCGACAGUGGCGUUUGGUAUGGGCAUCGACAAGCCGGACGUGCGUAGGAUCAUCCAUUAUGGCGCUCCCAGGGACAUUGAGUCCUACUACCAAGAAAUAGGCAGGGCUGGCCGCGAUGGCUUGCCCAGCACGUGUUUAGUCUUCUUUAGUAAUGGGGACCUGGUCACCAACAAAUAUUUCCUCAAGGACAUUUCCAAUCCUGUGUUCCUUCAGCACAAGACAGACAUGCUGAACAAGAUGCAGCAUUACCUGAGCAGCACUCGCUGCCGGCGGAAGUUAUUGCUCGCCCACUUUGCCGGUGCUGAAGCGGAUGCAGUUGGUGGUGUGCCACGGUGCUGUGACAACUGUACGCGGAGGCUCAAGCAGGACAAGCCUAAGGUCGCUGGACAGGUCCAGACGAGCAAGGACAGCAAGACAAACUACACUAAAGAAGCCCGACUUCUGUUUGACGUCGUGAUGGGAACAAACCAGAGGUAUGGGAUAAGUGUACCCAUAGCGGUUUUACGAGGAUCGACGUCGCAGAAGGUGCCAGCUUAUCUGCGCCAGAGCAUCUACUACGGAACUGGCAAGCACAAGACAGAAGCAUUCUGGAAAGCCUUUGCAAGGCUCCUACAGUCUGAAGGAUACCUGCUGGAAAAAGCGAUCCAUAAUGCUGGCGCGCCAAAAGGUGUGGCUGCACGAUUCAUUUCCUCCAUCGUCCUGACAGCAAAGGCAAAGGAGUGGAUUCGUGGCAGUGAAGAACUCUUGCUGGAACCCACGACGGAACUGGCUGAAAUGGAAGCUCCUCGACCAAUACCCAAGCCUCAAGUGUUGCCGAAGACUGUGGCGCCUAGGCUGCCAAUGCCAGCCACCGGCUUCUCGGAUAUCCUCGAGAGUCGGCACAAGGCAAAGACGGAGAACGAUGAUUCGCUCCUGGCACUGACCAGAAACGGGGAGCCAUCGGAAGACGAAAAGCUCCGCUCCGAGCUCUACACUCAGCUGGUGGAGCUUCGCAACAGAAUGGCGUCGGAGUGCGGCUAUGCCCCGUACAUGGUUUUCAACAACCGUAUCCUCCUGACGAUUGUGCAGAGUUUGCCAACGUCUCUGGAGCAAUUGGGGAAAGUGGAAGGCGUCUCCGAGGCCAAACUGAACAAGUUUGGCGGACGGGUGGUUGAAGUGGUCUCCCAGUUCUGCAAGGACCGUGGUCUUCAGCCGUCUGCUAAUCAUGAUGAAGUUUCAACAGACUCCUCUUCGUGUCAGAACGAUUCCUCGAGCUACCUAAUCCAGCAGCUGAGUGACACACAGCGUAUCACCUACCUCCACUAUCAACAAAACCAGAGUGUUGCGGACAUAGCAAGUAGUCGUGGCCUCGCUGUUUCAACAGUUAUUGGGCACCUCACUGAAGCUAUCAAGGUCGGACUACCGGUUGAUCUGGAGAGCGUGGGAGUGACGCCGGACAUCUUGGAAGCUGUCACCAGUGCUGUGGCCUCUCUGGGCGGUGACAUCGGCCGGCUGACUCCGAUCAAGGAACUCUGCCCGGAAUACGUAGAGUUCACCCACAUCAAAACGGUCUUGGGUUACUUGCAGGCUAAGUAUGGUAUCGAGAACUCCAGACUGAACCUCCCGAAGACGCUGACGCCACCAGUGACCGACAGUCGGAAGACCACGAGCGAGCGGCUAAAGCCGGCUGGAGACAAGCGUGCAGUCACCGAAGACACUGCUCUGCAGACGAAAAGUGGGAAGCGGAGCGUCUCUACUGAACAGCUGAUGACCGUCAGCAAGAAGAUGAAGAACAGCUCGUUGUUCAGAAAGUGAACUGUUGUCUUUCUGGUCAUCACACUCUUCUGCAACACAGUACUUUGCAGCCAUAGCCCAUAUCAUUCUACUCCAAUUCUGUGAUACUCGACUGACUCUACAUUUUUCUUUUGUGCCAAGUGAUGGUCAUUUAUAUAAGGUCCCAAACAUGCUGACUCAUGAGGGGCAGUGAAUUUGUGCACUAAAGUAAUGCUGGAAUGCUUGAAGGAGACCAGCUUUUGGGAUCUGAACUUCAGUAUGACACGUUAUUUCAUUGUCUAGUUCAUGCUCAAGCAUUUUGAUGCUUGGGGCACAUGCUAACUUCAAUGCCUGUGUACAGUGUGUAGACCUUAAACGGGUGUUCUACACUUUGCUCAGGUUAUUCCAAUUAUCAUUUCCCGAGUAAUAUACAUUUGCAUUUGUGCAUAUUUUUUAUUUCGUAACAUAUUGUUUAAACACCUGAUGAAUUUAAUGUCAGCCAUGAAAGAAGACUUACUGACCCAGUUUUUCAUAUCGCCACCUGCACUGCGGUUGCAUACGGAUACUCUGUUUUUUCAAUGAAUACAGGUUGCCAACAUUGUACAAAUUGAGUAAAACUGCAUUUUAACAAUUCGCAUUUCUUUUGCUCGUAUGUUAUUUCCUUUGUAUUGUACAAGUUCCGAGACCCCAUAUAUGAUUUUAUGAAUGCAAAUUUCAAAUAAAGCAAAUGGCAUUUCAUGUUUA